AAAUAACGGAAGUACCCCCGAGAGGUAUACGAUUGGGUCUCGUCUCUCUGCUUUCCAGGAAUUAGGGUUUUGAAGCAAAUCACAAUCAGAUCUCAUCUUCGCCGCUCUCUCUCUUUCUCUCUGUUGGUAGAAGAUGUCUGAAGAAGCUGAGUACCGUUGCUUCAUUGGUGGACUUGCGUGGGCAACGUCUGAUCGUGGACUCAGAGAUGCCUUUGAGAAGUAUGGUCACCUCACUGAGGCUAAGGUGGUUCUUGACAAGUUUUCUGGGCGUUCCCGUGGUUUCGGGUUCGUUACUUUUGAUGAGAAGAAAGCUAUGGAUGAAGCCAUUGCAGCAAUGAAUGGGAUGGAUUUAGAUGGCCGGACUAUCACUGUUGAUAAAGCCCAGCCACAGGGUGCUUCCGGUAGGGAUCAUGAUGGUGACCGCAGCCGUGAUCGUGAUCGUGAUCGCGGCUAUGACCGUGACCGUAGCCGUCCCUCUGGUGGUGGGAGAGGUGGUUCAGGUGGUGGAGAUUGCUUUAAGUGUGGCAAGCCCGGACAUUUUGCGAGGGAGUGCCCUGAUGAAUCUGGUAGAGGUGGUGGUGGUGGGGGAAGGUACAGCUCGAGGGAUGAUAGGUACAGCUCAAAGGACGACAGGUACGGUGGGAAGGAUGAUAGGUACAGCUCAAAGGACGACAGAUACAGUGCAAAGGACGACAGGUAUGGUGCAAAAGAAGACAGGUAUGGUGGUAGGGAUCGCUAUGGACCUGAUCGCAGUGGGGAACGCUCUGGAGGACGUAGCAGGGAUGAUGGCAGCCGUGGUGGUUCAGGAGGAGAGAGGCAUGGCCGUGCUCCAUACGAUCGCCCCAGAGAUGGCGGCUUUCACUAGAAUUCUACUCCAGAGGUCUCUUCACACUUAUUUUGCAGUCAAACAAGUGGAAGGUUUCUGCGUUCGGCUCUCUUGUCAAGUUCCAAGUUAGAUGCUCUGUCUGGUUUUAGUGCAUUUGGAUAGCUCAAGAAACAAGUGUCUUUGUUUUGGCCAUUAAAACUCAAUAGUCGGCUUAUGUGCUAAAGUGUUCUCUUUUACUUCUUUCUUUUGUCAACUCUUCCGUUGUAUAAUCUAUUUUUUUAGCCGAAAAAAACCAUUAUCUAGUA